UCCAUAUAUUUGAAAAACCAAAGUUCCAAAGAAACCAUUGCAGCCAUGUUGCUUUGAAUGGUUGAGUGAUAUGAUACCUACGACAUACAUUUACGAUUUUAUUAAUGGACCUAUUUUGAGACAACAGCUCUGAGAAAGCAUGGCGGCACCAAAAGCCUUGGGGCAAUCGAUUGCCAACUUCGCCCGCGAUGGAGAGUUUCCGGGAGAUGAGGAAAUCUCCAAAAGUUAUGUAGAAGGGGAAGCUCUUGCAUUGGCAUUGCAAGCCGUGACUGCAGCUAGGUCUGCUCUGGAGGAUGAGAUUCGAAAAACUAGUCGCGAUAGUGCGCCAGAAGUUGAUACCUGGAUCACGAAUGCCCAUGCCCUGCAGGAAGAUAUUGAGAACUCCAAGAACCUUGCUGAGGACAUUGCUCGUGAUGCAGAAGGCGGAGAUGCGUUGCAACGAGCGGCGAGGGAGGACGCUGAACAUGUCGAGUUUCUUGAGAAGGAGGUUCAAUACAAUAACCAGUUGAAAGAGGCGCUGGGCGGAAUCCAGGAUGUCCAGAGAAUGCUGGAUGGGGCCGAAGGCGCAGGCGUUGAAGGCAGACUUCUGGAAGCUCUGAAUAUACUUGCACAAUCAUGGGAGAAGAUGGAAAAUAUCCCCGCACAUGAAAUCACUCGACCGCUAUCAGUAUUGAAUGAGCGGGCGUUCCUGAUCAAGGAAUCUAUCCAUGAGCAAUUCGGCCACAUCUGGAAUACGCUUGUGCAUUUCGAUGAGGAAAUGACCUCUCUAACAGUGGACAACACCAUUAUCGGCCCAACAGAUAUACCUCAGUCGGUUCUCAUAAUGAAGGCUUAUAAAGAGGAUGAUACGAGGAUCAAAAAGUUUUGUGAUGAUUUCGAAACUGCAAUUGUACACCCUCGAGUUCUCAUAGGCUACGGCCCGCUAAAGUCUAUUUCCGUUGAGGGGAAAACCAUACGUGCGUCUGAGGAAGUACCCGCAUCGUUAGGAAUAAGGGAACUUUUUCUUGACCUCGAAAAGAUGAUCCGUUUCCUUUCCGAAAGCUUUCCUCCCGACUUCGCUCAGCCGUUGUCUUCCGUAUUAAUGCCUAAGCUCACCACACUAAUCAGAGAGACAUGGCUUGACUCUGCAGUACCGGUAUCAUUAGAUCGUAUGACCGAUUUCCGGAAUUCUAUUGCUCUCGUUCACGAGUUUGCGGAGACCAUCACUGCCUUGGGAUGGGGCGGAGCAGAUAAUCUCAACGAUUGGGUUGAGAGCUCUCCUCGAUUAUGGGUUGCAAAGCGCAGGGAGACAGCGCUGGAUUCUACAAGGAGGCAGCUAUCGAAGGGUAUUGGACGUACUAAAGGGGUUGAACGAACAGAAACCCAAACUAUCACCGAAUUCAUUGAUGAAGAGCUUCCGGGCGGGGCUGCAAACGAGGGCAAAGAGACAGCCAAACGUGAGGACGACUGGGAUGUUGAGUGGUCAGAUGACGAGGACAAGGGCAAUGAAGACAGCGCCCCAGGAGGCGAUAAAGGCAAGGCCAAAGAAAGGAAUGCUGGGGGAGAAAGCGACGGCGAAGAAAAUACAAGAUCUUCAUCAAGCCUAGGAAGGGAUUCUCCUAAAGAGAGCAACUGGACUGCUGAGGUUUUGAAAGAAGCGGCCCCUGACGACGAUGACGGGGCUGAUGCCUGGGGGUGGGGCGAUGAUGACGAGGAAGAGGCACCUGCGGAAACCCAGGAGGAGCCAGCUCCAAUGCCUGAGAAACCUGAGAUUUCGGAACCCCAGGCGAGAAGAGAAGUGCAGCGAGAGGUAACCUUGACUGAAAAGUACACGGUAUCGUCUAUGCCAGAACCAGUGUUCGAUACCAUCAGGCACAUCAUAGAAGAUGCAGUAACGCUGACGCGCGAAAACCACGAUACAAACCCUGUCAGCGCAGCAGCUGUUGGACUAUUUGGCCUUCCAACUCUAGUGUUAGCCAUGUACCGUGCUUCUGCGCCAGUAUACUACAACCUCGCCCCAGGCGGUAACAUGUAUUGCUACAACGACGCCAUGCACCUCUCCGACCUCCUCAAAGACUUCUCCGCCACCUGGUCCCAACGCACCGACCUCGGCCCCCGCGCAAAAGGCAAAGUUCGCCUCGACGGCGAAGUCCAAUCCCUCCUGAAAUUCAGCCGCGCCGCCUACGGCCGCGAAAUGAGCACCCAGCGCACUAUCAUCACGGACCUCCUCGGCGGCGCGCAGAGCUUCCUCAACCAGGGCGACGACGCUGCCACAGACCAAGUCGCUGUCGAGUCUGUCGUCGCGCACAUCCGCGCCCUUGCCGCGGAGUGGCGCAGUAUUCUCUCUGAAUCCGCGUGGUCCCAGGCUGUUGGAGCGCUGCUAUCUACUGUCGCUCGAAAGAUGAUUCGCGACGUCACUGAUCUUACCGUGCUGGGUGCUGAUGAGGCGUUUCGUGUAGCAUCGUUAAUUGCUCUGGUGACGAAAUUGGAUGAUCUCUUCACACCCGAGGGCGCAGAUGAGGACCCAGAGAACCCGCCUGUGCCGACGACAUCGCACUAUGCGGCGUUCUGGCUUAAGCUGCACUUCCUGAGCGAGGUGCUGCAGAGUAACCUGCGAGACCUGAUGUUUUUGUGGUCGAAGAGCGAUUUGAGUCUUUAUUUUGGGGCGGAGGAGGUGGUGGAUUUGAUUGAGUUGAGCUUUGAGACGAAUCGUCGGACGAAGGAGGCAAUUGCGGAGAUUAGGAGUGAGCCGUUUCCGAGGGGGGUGGCGCCGGAGGAGAUGUGAGAGGGUUGGGGCUGUUGGGAAGGGGGUUGGUAGAUGGUAUGAG